ACGGGACCAUUAAAUCCAAUUGACAUUGCAAAAUCGUCCAAGUUUUCUCCUCUUAUGAUAGUGAAAUCUAAAAGGCCUCCACAACGAGUACUAACUCCUCAGUCAUGUACCCCAACGCAGAAGAGUAUAUUAAACUAUGUGAAACCUGAUAAUUUGGACGCAAGUCCUCAACCUGGAUGCUCACGUUAUUCCACACCAGUGGAAGAAGUUACUGUAAAUAUGAAACCUUGCGUUUCCUGUACAAGACUCACAUUGGAACAGGUGAUGGCGAUUAAUUCUUUGGCAUCGAAGAAAUUACUUUGUUACAGCGGUUCCUUUUCAAAAUCUGUUACACAUAUGAUCGUCGCAACAAAUGCAAAAGGGUGUGUGAAAGACCAUACGAUGAAAUACGUUUUCGCAGUGGCUGCUGGGAUUUGGGUAUUAAGUUUUAACUGGAUUGAAGAGUGUUUAAAAAGGAAAUGCUUGGUACCAGAGGACCCUUUUGAAGUAAAAGAUGUAUCAGGGUUACCAGGGCCAAGAUUAUCACGUCUUGCUCUUAAACGCGAUUUACUAAAAGGUUUUAAAGUGUAUGCAGCUAAACCCUUUGUAUCUACAACUGCUGAAGAAGUUGAGAAUGUUGUAACAAUGUUAGGAGGAAAAAUUGUGUCCAGAUUAGAUGACUUGCUUUCCAGGAAUGGCUAUAUUCCUCUAAUCAUUACUGAAGCUAGAGCUUCACAAGAUUUUGAGUUGUAUGAAACUUGGUUGGAAACUUUACGAACUGUAACGGUCGAUCUGGAAUGGCUCAGUAGAUCGGUUGGUCAAUAUCAGUUGCAAAAUUUAAGACAAUUUACAUUGUGCUCAGAAGAUUCAAUUUGCGAAUUGGGGUACCCAGCAGUCCUUACCGCUGAGGUGACAACAUCGCAGAGUGUUACCACGAUUUCGUGAUCAAAAAAACAGUUUACAUUUAUUGUUGUUAUUCAGUA